UUCACAGCCGAAGAACUAUCAUCACUAUCAAGUUCAUCUAAUUUACAUUUACUCAUUCAUGGAAAAGUUUAUGCAAUUUCAAAAUUUUUAGAUGAACAUCCAGGUGGUGAUGAAGUUUUGUUAGGUGAAUCUGGAAAAGAUGCAACCGAAGCUUUUGAAGAUGUAGGUCAUAGUGAAGAAGCCAGGAAUUUAAUGAAUCAAUAUCUUGUAGGA